GGCAGAGUUCUCCCUGUGGCCGCCAUUAGAGAAAGGAAUCCAUGAAUUCAAAUGGAAACCAGCAGGAACACAGAUCGAGUAUACGCUUUUAAAUGAAAAUGAGCCAUUUCGUGUAGUUUCUCGUCACCUUUCGACGCUUUCAACGCGGAAUGUUUUUCGUUUUUAAACAGCUUUCGGCGGGGAUGGAGGUAUAAGAGAGUCGUUUUUAAGCUAAAACCGUUUUUAACCCAAGGGGGAGGGGGGAGAGUUGCCUCUUUUUGCUUUCCUUUUUUUCUAUUUUAACAGCACAUUCCUCCUCUAUUUUUACAUGUAAUCUAUUCCCCCACAACCUCGUCGACGGUUGAAGCCGUUCUUUUUUUAAAUUCUAAUUCGGGCUGGACGCGGGAGGCGCGAGCGAUCGAAUGGGGCUGUUGAAUUCCAUUCCCCCACCGAUUGUUUAAAAAUAAUUCCGUUCACAUUCGACUCGAAAUCGGAGAAACCUUUUUCUUUUUCAAUGGAAAGCCCGCUGAUGGGAUGUUCGAGCGCGCAGUGAAAGGAUGAGUUCUUGUUUCGUACCGAACGGGGCCAGCUUGGAGGACUGCCAUUCCAAUCUAUUCUAUCUGGCUGAUUUGACAGGGAUAAAAUGGAAGAGGUACGUGUGGCAAGGUCCCACCUCGGCACCCAUUCUGUUCCCGGUCACCGAGGAGGACCCCAUCCUCUGCAGCUUCAGCCGCUGUUUGAAGGCGGAUGUGCUGAGCGUGUGGAGGCGGAGCCAGAGGCAGGGACGCCGGGAGCUGUGGCUCUUCUGGUGGGGUGACGAUCCCAACUUCUCUGAGCUCAUCCACCACGAACUGACAGGCGAGGAUGAUGGUGUGUGGGAAAGCGGUCUGUCCUACGAAUGUCGAACUCUUCUCUUCAAGGCCAUUCACAAUCUGCUGGAGCGCUGUCUGAUGAACCGUAGUUUCGUACGCAUUGGAAAAUGGUUCGUCAAACCCUACGAAAAGGACGAGAAGCCCAUUAACAAGAGAGAACACCUGUCUUGCUCUUUCACGUUCUUCCUGCAUGGAGACAGUAAUGUGUGCACAAGCGUGGAGAUCAACCAGCACCAGCCCGUGUACCACCUGAGUGAGGAGCACCUGACACUGGCCCAGCAGGCCUCCAGCCCAUUCCAAGUGAUUCUGAGUCCAUUUGGACUGAACGGGACAUUGACUGGUCAGUCCUUCAAACGGUCCGACCCUCCGACACAGAAGCUCAUUGAAGAAUGGAACCAGUUCUAUCCCAUCAGCCCGACCUCCAAGGAGAGCACAGAGGACAAAAUGGAGGACAUCGACUGGGAGGAUGACUCUCUGGCAGCAGUGGAAGUGCUUGUCGGUGGUGUGCGCAUGGUGUAUCCUGCAUGUCUGGUGUUAGUCCCGCAGUCAGGCAUCCCCACUGUAACACCUAUGGGGUCCUCGCACUGCACUGCUGUCUAUUCAAAUGGCCAUCAAGUGCCUACUUCAAACCGUGACCCUGCCAUCUCUUCAGUGACCCUGACUCCUCCCACCUCACCUGAGGAGGCUCAGACAGGUAAACAUGCCUCAACCUUGACACAAACCCAUGCCCAUCUCAUGGCCAGCAUUACACUCUCAAACUUUUUGUCUUUUUUUCUUUCUCUAGUUCACUCUCACUCUGCACAGAAGUGGAUGCGGUUGCCUGUGGCGAUGGAUGGAUUCAGUGUUGACAGCACCAGUCAUCACGGUGGCAAGAUUCCACGCAGGAUGGCAAGUCAGGUGGUUGAGAGUGUUUGGCAGGAGUGCAACAUCAACCGAGCUCAGAACAAACGGAAAUUCUCUGCUACAGCCUCCAAUGGGACCAGCGAGGAGGAGACGCUGAUGAAAGUGGGCUCCUGGGACUUUGUCGACUCCACACAGAGAUCAAGCUGCAACUGUUCGAGGCACAAAACGCUGAAGCAGAGAGCAGGCAGCACGCCUGGUCAGCCACCCACCGCCGGACAGACGCAGCAGUCAACCAUCAAGCACAAAGCUGGGGAGAAGCCCGAAAAGGGCGACAAGCAGCAGAAACGCCCGCAGACGCCCUUCCACCAUCGCAACUCAGUCUGUGAAGAUGUCUCCAUGGAAACCGAUGCUUCUGCGGGCCAGCGGUUGGCUCUAAGAGGUCAAGAGGGUGGACGGUUUCCAGGACUUCGCCCAUCUGAUGUGAGCACUGGCUCAAAACCUCCACAACUGCACAGCGGGGGCGGGGCUACCAUAGAUAGCAAUGGCUCGACGGAGAUGGUCGGCUCUCCUCAGCCACCACCACUGAGCCCUCACCCUUGUGAACGUGGCGAGGAAGCCUCGGAUGGCAUUAAGAACCCCUCCACACCACACAGCCAACAUUUUUACCCUCCUUCCGCAGAGCCAUGCCUCCUGCCCCAAAAAGGCCCAGAUGAUGCCCGUUUGGAGCCGCUCACCCAACCUUUUCCCCCUACAUACCCUGAGCCCCUGGAACCCACCCCGUACAUCAGUGCAGCAGUAAACCUGGAUGACGAUGGGAGUCACGCGCCGUGGAGAUUCUUCAACCUGCCCCGUAGGAAAGAUGCAGAGGUUCCCACGCCAUCACUACCAGGAGAUAAACUCAGAGAAGAGGUCUCACUCGGAGCUGAAGGGAUUAUGUCUGUUACUGAGUUAAUGGUUUCCUCCAAAAGACCACUCAAGGUCUCAGAUGAACGGAUCCAGACGUACCUGCAGCGACAGAACCAGCACCUGGCUGCAGCCAUCACAGACGGCGACCAUGAGCCUGAGGUCGACCCCUACGCCUUUGUUGAUGGAGAUGUUAAGUUCACCUUCUCGGAUAAGAAAGACAAAGCGGGGGGAGAUAGAGAACCAGGGAAGAAACACAAGGGAGAAGAUGGCAGUGCUGCACUAUCAGAUGAUGCUCAGCGGGCUGCGGCCCAUAACCGGGCUGCUUCCACCAGUCUCAUACAUGAUUCAGACCUUGCAGUCUCCUUCAAAGACCUGGACAACCUCUUCAACUCAGAUGAGGACGAACAAACACCUGGAGCACGGAGAGCUGUAAAUGGAGCAGAUGAGAAGUUUGGCAGCAAAGAGUCGAAGCCAGCCACACUGGACCCUGUCUCCUGUAUAAGCACGGCUGAUCUACACCAGAUGUUCCCUACGCCUCCAUCUUUAGAGCAGCACAACAUGGGUUACUCUCCCAUGAACAAAGAGUAUGGAUGUAUGGAGCCAGGCUCUGGCCUCAACACUCUAGAUGGCCCUACUGCUCUGUGUGGUCAGUUUAAAAUUGAGGUGGAGGAGAGUUUCUGCAGCCCCAAACCUUCUGAAAUCAAGGACUUCUCAUUUGUGUACAAGCCUGACUUGUGUCAGCCGUUUGUGGGCUGUUCCAUGUUUGCCCCCCUGAAGUCUUUGCCCAGUCAGUGCCUGCCCCCUAUCAAACUGCCUGAUGAGUGUGUUUACAGGCCAAGCUGGACAGUGGGAAAACUAGAACUACUCAACUCUGUACCUGCUAUGACCAUUUUCAGCAAGGAUGGUGAAUGCAAUGCUUUGGAACAAGAGUACAUCCAGACGUAUACCCCUCAGACCCACACGCCAUUCUUGUCCAACAGCGCUCCGCCCAGCAACAGCGGCACAAGCAUCCUACCAUCCCCUGCCACACCUCGCUUCUCAGCUCCCACCCCUCGUACCCCAAGGACACCCAGGACCCCCAGAGGCCCAGCUAGUGUGCAAGGUUCUCUCAAAUAUGAGAACUCGGACCUGUACUCGCCAGCCUCUACGCCCUCCACCUGCAGGCCGCUCAACUCUGUCGAGCCUGCAACGGUUCCCUCCAUCCCCGAAGCCCACAGCCUAUACGUCAACCUCAUCCUGUCGGAGUCGGUCAUGAACCUGUUCAAGGACUGCAACUUCGACAGCUGCUGUAUCUGCGUCUGCAACAUGAACAUCAAAGGUGCUGACGUGGGCAUUUACAUCAACGACCCAAACAUGGAGGCCCAGUAUCCCUGUGGGUGUGGCUUCAGCGCUGUCGUCAAUCGGCGCUACGGUAAUGGCUCUGGCCUUUUUCUGGAAGAUGAGCUGGAUGUCAUUGGACGGGGUUCAGACGUGAGCCAGGAGGUGGAGAAGCGCUUUGAGGUGAUACGGAGCACGUCGCUGGAGAAGACAGGGGGUGGAGGCAAGGAUCGAGUCCCGGACGAGCUUCUCUCUCUCCUGCAGGAUCAGUGCACUAAUCCCUUCUCCCCUAUGCUGGCUUUGGACCCUGAGGGUCUGUCUUGCCAAGGGCCAGGGGGCACCACUGUACCACCAUGUGUGCGUGUGGAGGAAAGGGACUUCCACAAUGACUGUUACCUGGCUCUAGAACAUGGGCGGCAAUUCAUGGAUAACAUGUCCGGUGGGAAGGUAGAUGAGACGCUGGUGAAGAGCACGUGUUUGCACCAUUGGGCCAAACACAGCGCAGUGGAUGUGAGCGGGCUGUGCUCUCAGGAUGUGUUGAGAGUUCUCCUCUUUCUUCAGCCUGUUCUUCAGGAUGCCAUCCAGAAGAAGAGGACUGUUCGCUCAUGGGGAGUCCAGGGGCCUCUCACAUGGCAGCAGUUUCACAAGAUGGCUGGAAGAGGGUCUUAUGGCACCGAUGAGUCUCCGGAGCCGCUGCCCAUUCCUACCUUCUUGGUUGGGUAUGAGUAUGACUUUGUUGUGCUGUCUCCCUUCGGCCUGCCAUACUGGGAGAAGCUACUGCUGGAUCCCUUUGGCUCCCAGAGAGAUGUGGGUUAUCUGGUCCUCUGCCCGGACAGUGAUGCUCUCCUCUCUGGAGCCAAGAGCUUCUUCAGAGAGUUGACAGUGGUCUAUGAGUCUUGUAAGCUUGGUCAGCAUCGACCAAUCUCCAAAGUGCAUGCUGAUGGCAUUGUUAGGGUGGGUGGAGCUGCUGCCAAUAAGCUCUCAGAGCAGCCAGUCAGUGAUUGGUUCCUGAAAGCAGCUGGUGGUAGCAGUGAUGCGUUUGCCAAGCUGAAGCUGUUUGCCCAAGUCUGCAGACAUGACCUCGCGCCAUACCUCGCUACACAGCCAUUGGACAGCACUCUCUUCAAUCAGCCAACCCCUGUCCCUUCCUCCACCCAGUCAUCUUCCUUGCAAUCCUCAGGCUCCACCUUAUCCAACUCCCACACCUCAAUGGCCUCCGGAGGCUCCGCCCUCAACAACAACAGUGCUGCCAGCAACAGUGGCUCAGGCCUUCCAGGCAACACCAAUAAUACCCCCUCCUCCUCAGGCCCCCAGGGCAGCAGCAUCCAGUCUGCCAAGCCCAGCUCGUUCCCUCCCUUUGGAGGCAUUGGAGUCCAAGGUAACAGCUCCCAGUCUGGGGCUUUGGGCCAGCAGGCUGUCACCCAGAACUCAAGCCUCUCUGGAGACAAUUCAGCCGACAGCAGCCAGACUCAGGGGCCAUCUGAACCACCAGAGAGCACUAUGGGGAGAGAAAAGGUCGGAGUUCCUACAGACGGAGAUUCCCAUGCCAUCACCUACCCACCUGCCAUUAUGAUUUAUAUUGUGGACCCUUUCUCAUAUGAGGAGGCGGAGCCAGGGGUGUCACAAUCUAGCAUGUGGACUCUGGGACUCCUUCGCUGCUACCUGGAGAUGCUGCAGGACCUUCCAGCUCACGUCCGCAACUCUGUGUUUGUACAGAUUGUUCCCUGUCAGUACUUGCUCCAGCCUGUGAAGAAUGAAGAGAGGUACCUCUACUCCCAGCACCUCAAGUCUCUGGCCUUCUCCGUGUUCACCCAGUGCAGAAGACCUCUCCCAAUCUCCACCAAUGUGAAAUCACUGACGGGUUUCGGCCCCGGCCUCGCCCUCGACACUUCCCUCAGGAACCCAGAUAGACCGGAGUGUCUGCGAUUUUACACGCCACCCUUCAUCCUGGCUCCAACAAAAGACAAGCAAACGGAGCUGGGUGAGACCUUCGGAGAGGCAUCUCAGAAGUAUAACGUCCUGUUUGUGGGCUACUGCCUGUCACAUGAUCAAAGAUGGCUGUUGGCUACCUGUACGGACCUGUACGGAGAGCUGCUGGAAACCUGUAUCAUCAGCAUAGACGUACCCAACAGAGCAAGAAGGAAAAAGGGAUCUGCCCGGAAGCUGGGCUUGCAUAAGCUCUGGGAUUGGUGUCUGGGUUUGGUUCAGAUGACAUCAUUGCCAUGGAGAGUGGUGAUUGGCCGGCUUGGACGAAUAGGGCAUGGAGAGUUGCGAGACUGGAGUAUUUUACUGAGCAGACGAAAUCUGCAGUCAGUGUCUCGGAGGCUGAAGGAGAACUGUAGGCUGUGUGGAAUCUCAGCAGCUGACACUCCCAGCAUCCUUAGCGCCUGCCUGGUUGCCAUGGAACCCCAGGGCUCAUUUGUCAUCAUGCCAGACUCUGUGUCAACAGGUUCAGUGUUUGGUCGCAGUACAACUCUGAACAUGCAGACGUCCCAGCUGAGCACCCCGCAGGACACUUCUUGCACACACAUCCUGGUGUUCCCCACCUCUGCUUUUGUGCAAGUCAACAGCUCCAACUACCCACAUGAGAACAUUGACAUUGCCUUUAACCCUUGCAAUGAUGGAUCAGAUCUUUUUGACCUUCUGGAGCAGGAGAAUGACCUGGUUGAUCCUGACAUCAUAAAUAUCCUCCCUGCCUCACCCACCACGUCACCCGUCCACUCACCUGGAUCCCAGUACCACCACGGAGGAGAUGGGAGCAAGGGUCAAAGUACAGAGCGCAUGGAGCCUCAUGAAGAAGCUCCCAAUAUCCUCCAGCAGCCAUUAGCUCUGGGCUAUUUUGUGUCCACGGCUAAAGCAGGUCCACUGCCUGACUGGUUUUGGUCCGCGUGUCCUCAGGCACAAAACCAGUGUCCCCUUUUCUUAAAGGCCUCUCUACACCUCCAUGUGUCUUCAGUGCAAUCGGAUGAACUUUUGCAUAGCAAACAUUCUCACCCUCUAGACUCCAAUCAGACCUCUGAUGUUCUCAGAUUUGUGUUGGAGCAGUACAACGCCCUUUCCUGGCUGACCUGUGACCCUGCGACCCAGGACCGCCGCUCUUGCCUGCCUAUCCAUUUUGUGGUGCUCAAUCAAAUGUACAACUUCAUUACGACCAUGUUGUAACACUCAAAGAGAAGAACUGAGAGCAGGACCUUAUCAGGGAAUGAAAAGGAGAGGAGAAUGAAGAAAAGGUGGAUCUGAAAACAAGCCAACAGAUAACUACAGUGCUGGACUUUAUAUGUACGUGAGUUACAACGGAGAUGAUCUGGGUAGGCCAUCACUACACCUGAGACCCAGCACUGUGGAGGAGAAUCAGGUGUCUGGUGUUUUUAACACUCACUCGACGAGAAAGAGAGGAGAAAUGAGGCCUUGAAUGAGUUUUCAGCAGUGUGGAGGCCAAAGAAGGAAGACGGAAGUGCUGACUGGUGGUGUUCUACAUCCUCGGAUAGCAUGGAUUUGGCCAGUUCUAUAAUCAGUGUGUAUGGAGAAGUAAUCUGUAUAGAAUCUGAUGGAAAAUGACUAUGAUGCUCUAUGAAAUAAGAGAAUGAAAUCUUGGUUUUAAGACCUCUAAUUCCCUGUUUCUUUUGGAUUGGAUAAUAUCCAAAUGAAAUGCCUGCAUCUGUCUUAUUUAUUGUACGUUUUUAAAUGUAUAAUUUGUCUGAUUUCUUAACCUCUUUUAUAUAUAAAAGUUCUAGAAGGUUUGUAUCGCCUUCCUGCUUUAAAGCAAUUGGUCAAAAAUAAAUGUAAUCGUCUUAAUUACAAAAACAAGCCAACAAAAAACCCACUAAAAAGAUGAAUAAAAUAAAGUCGCUGUAGGUUGCUUUUAGAGUAUUAUUUUUUGUAAGGGAGACAGAUUAUUUGUAUUGUCACGAUGUACAGAGGAGACCGGACGGGGGUUUCUGUCCACGCCUUUGCGUGUGGACACAAUUACAGCUAAGCUUUAGCUGCACGGGACUUGUACAGCAAUGAAGUUCACUGUGUUUAAAAAUAAAGAGGUACAUUGUCGUAUAUUGUAUUUUAUACCACACAUUUAGACACAAAAAUGAAAAACUGCAAUAUAUAAAUAAUUAUAUAUGAAUGCCGCACCAUCCUUGGGUGGCACUGCUUCUGUUUUAGGAAUAAAGAGUCAACUUCA